AUACAGAAGCCAAUCACUAAGAAAAUAAUAACGGAAAAGUUUUCUAAAAUAUUUAACACUGUUGCAAUAAUACAUCGUUUUCAUCGAAUGAAUGCAGAUUAUCGAUCAACUGAACAGGCGCGUGACACUUUGGCUCACACUAAUAGAAGAAUGGAUUCAACGUAUAGGGAAGAAGAACAACGGAGGGACACAUUGGCCCAUUCGAUUCGGAGAAUGGAUGCAACGUACCGGGAGCAGGAACAACGGAGGGAUACGGUGGACCACUCAAUACGAAGAAGGGAUCCGACGUAUCGCACUGAAGAGCAAGAGAGGAAUGCCCUUGCACACUAUCCAUCGGAUGGAUGCGACAUUUCGGGCAGGAGAACAAGAGAGGGAUACUUUGGCCCAAUCUAUUCGGAGAAUGGAUCCGACUUACCGAGAGGAGGAACAACAGAGGGACACUUUGGCACAUUCUAUUCGUAGAAUGGAUCCAACAUACCGGGAGGAAGAACAACAGAGGAACACUGUGGCCCAUUCUAUUCGGAGAAUGGAUCCGACUUACCGAGAGGAGGAACAACAGAGGAACACUUUGGUAAGAUCUAUUCUGCGACAAAAUGAAGAAUACCGCCAAGCCGAAAGAGAGAGGGACACGUCAAUGCAUAGAUUACGUCGAAGAAAUCCAUUUUUCCGUAUUAUGGAACAGGAGCGGAACACCUCAGCUCGUCGUGUCACCAGACAAGCUGCUUUGCAAAUACAAGAAACAGAAAGCAGGAUGAGAAAUUGCCGCGUCCUUAUUCAUCGUAUGGAUCCAAUAAACAGAGAAAAUAUAAACAUGAGACAAGCUCUGAGAAGUUCAGCAAGGAGAAGAAAUUUGUCGCCGGAGUCGAGGUCCGAACAGCGAGUUCAAGAUACUUUGAGGCACAGAUCUAGGAUACUUUCCGAGUUUUGCAAUGUCAUCAAGAGUGGACCCACAGAAAACAGUUUCCAUCUGAAAACGAUACAUAUAAAUUCUGCAACACAUGCCACAAAAUAAUAAAUGCGGGGAAGAUUCCGCCUAUGUGUCUUUCAGAAGGUCUGCAUUUUCCACCUAUUCCAAGUGAACUACAAGGAUUGACAUCGCUGGAA